GGUGUGACGUCAUAAGGCUGUGCGCACUCCCGCGUCUGUGAUUCGGCUGAAGAAAGAUAAACUGAGGUCCAUGUGACACUUUUAUAAAGAUGGAGUUUAUCAAAGAGGAGAGAGAAGAUGUGAAGAUUGAAGAAACAUUCAGAGUCAAACAUGAAGAGACUGACACACACAAUAUUAUAAAGAUGGAGUUUAUUAAAGAGGAGAAAGAAGACGUGAAGAUUGAAGACACAUUCAGAGUCAAACAUGAAGAGACUGAGGAACAAACAAAGAUGGAGUUUAUUAAAGAGGAGGGAGAAGAUGUGAAGAUUGAAGACACAUUCAGAGUCAAACAUGAAGAGACUGAGGAACAAACAGACCUGAUGGCACUGAAAGAGGAGAGUCAAGGACUGAAUGAAACAGAAGAGAAAGAUAAAAAUGAGAAACAUCAUGAUUUCAAAACUAAAGAAAAAUCAAUUAGUUGUUCACAGACUGAAAAGACUCAGAAAAUACAAACUAAAACCCUUAAUUACAACAGAAUUCACACUGGAGAGAAAUCUUACACCUGCAAACUGUGUGGAAAGAGAUUUACGCAACAAAAUACCCUUAAUGUCCACAUGAGAAUUCACACUGGAGAGAAACCUUACACCUGCAAAAUGUGUGGAAAGUGUUUUACACGGAAAAAUCACCUUAAUGUCCACAAGAGAAUUCACAGUGAAGAGAAACCAUUCAUAUGCCCUCAGUGUGGAAAGCGAUUUAAACAGAAAAGUACCCUUAAUGUCCACAUGAGAAUUCACACUGGAGAGAAACCUUACACCUGUGAGCUGUGUGGAAAGUGUUUUACACUGAAAGAUCACCUUAAUGUCCACAAGAGAAUUCACAGUGAAGAGAAACCAUUCAUAUGCCCUCAUUGUGGAAAGAGAUUUACACAGAUAAAUAGCCUUAAUGUCCACAUGAGGAUUCACACUGGAGAGAAACCUUACACCUGUGAGCUGUGUGAGAAGAGUUUCACACGUAUUGGAGAGCUUAAGAUUCACAAGAGCAUUCACAGUGAAGAGAAACCAUUCAUAUGCCCUCAGUGUGGAAAGAGAUUUAAACAGAAAAAUACCCUUAAUGUCCACAUGAGAAUUCACACUGGAGAGAAACCUUACACCUGCAAAAUGUGUGGAAAGUGUUUUACACGGAAAAUUCACCUUAAUGUCCACAAGAGAAUUCACAGUGAAGAGAAACCAUUCAUAUGCCCUCAUUGUGGAAAGAGAUUUACACAGAUAAAUAGCCUUAAUGUCCACAUGAGGAUUCACACUGGAGAGAAACCAUUCAUAUGCCCUCAUUGUGGAAAGAGAUUUACACAGAUAAAUAGCCUUAAUGUCCACAUGAGGAUUCACACUGGAGAAAAACCUUACACCUGUGAGCUGUGUGAGAAGAGUUUCACACGUAUUGGAGAGCUUAAGAUUCACAAGAGAAUUCACAGUGAAGAGAAACCAUUCAUAUGCCCUCAUUGUGGAAAGAGAUUUACACAGAUAAAUAGCCUUAAUGUCCACAUGAGGAUUCACACUGGAGAAAAACCUUACACCUGUGAGCUGUGUGAGAAGAGUUUCACACGUAUUGGAGAGCUUAAGAUUCACAAGAGCAUUCACAGUGAAGAGAAACCAUUCAUAUGCCCUCAGUGUGGAAAGAGAUUUAAACAGAAAAAUACCCUUAAUGUCCACAUGAGAAUUCACACUGGAGAGAAACCUUACACCUGCAAAAUGUGUGGAAAGUGCUUUACACAGAAAAAUCACCUUAAUGUCCACAUGAGAAUUCACACUGGAGAGAAACCUUACACCUGUGAGCUGUGUGAGAAGAGUUACACACGAAAGGAAGAUCUUAAAAUUCACAAGAGAAUUCACAGUAAAGAGAAACCAUUCAUAUGCCCUCAGUGUGGAAAGAGAUUUACACAGAAAAAUACCCUUACUGUCCACAUGAGAAUUCACACUGGAGAGAAACCUUACACCUGCAAAAUGUGUGGAAAGUGUUUUACACGGAAAGAUCACCUUACUGUCCACAUGAGAAUUCACAGUGAAGAGAAACUAUUCAUAUGCCCUCAGUGUGGAAAGAAAUUUACAAGGAAAAAUACCCUUAAUGUCCACAUGAGUAUUCACACCGGAGAGAAACCUUUUAUCUGAAAACUCUGUGGAAAGAAUUUCUCACAUAACAUAUACCUAAAGAAUCACAUGAGGAUUCACACUGAUGAGAAACCUUUCACCUGUGAACAGUGUGGAAAGAGUUUCAGGGCUAUAGCAAGCCUAAAGAUUCACAUGAGAGUUCACACUGGAGAGAGGCCAUUCAAAUGUGAUCAGUGUGAAAUUAGUUUCUCAUUUUACAAAAACCUGAAACAUCAUUUGAAAUGUCAUUCUGACAAGAAAAUGCCAUUUUCCUCAGAAUAACAAGAGGUUUAGAAAAAAAGAGUGAUUUCUUGGAUUACUCUCUUGUCAUUUAUUCAGGAGCAGAUUUAUUUUAAAAAUAUUGUCCCAAUUUUGAAACUUACAAAUCCGUCACAUUUAACUUUCAGCUCAUUCAAUAUAAAGUGCACAGACAGCAUUAUUCUUGUACAAGGUUACAUUCUACAUACCCCUCUAUGUCACCCUUAUGUAUUAAAUGUAGGCCCAAUGAGGGAACUUUGGGUCAUUUAUUUUGGUUCUGCCCCCCCAAAAAUAAGUUCUGGUUUGUUUUGUUUUUAUUCAAGGGUGUUAAGACUGAUUUUCCCCAUGGAAUUCUUGUUACUGUAUUCAUCUGGUCUCCAUGUUUGGAAACCUAUAGUCCCAGUCAAACUCAAGCAGUCCAGUAUGGGAUGACAAUAACAAAGAAAAUACUAUUUUGAAGAUGUGAAAGAAAGAGUUUGUACACAAAUUUGAGAUGUGGCUAACAGAGUUUAGCAGUGUGCUACAUAUGGAGAAAUUCUGAUGUGAAAUUGCUGGUAUUCGGCUGGUCUCCAUGUUUGGAAACCUAUAGUCCCAGUCAAACUCAGUCAGUCCAGUGUGGGAUGACAAUAGCAAAGAAAAUACUAUUUUGAAGAUGUGGAAGAAAGUUUGUACACAAAUUUGAGAUGUGGCUAACAGAGUUUAGCAGUGUGCUACAUAUGGAGAAAUUCAGAUGUGAAAUUGCUGGUAAACUGAAGAGAUUCUUACAGAUAUGGAAACCCUUUUAAAUAUCUUGAAGGUGAUAACUGAUUGUUAAUUUCAACACUCUAAUAAAGGGAUAGGUAACGUUGGUUCUGGGUACCACUGUCCUGCAGAUUUUAGCUCCAACCCUAAUCAAACACACCUGAACAAGCUACAUUUUUACAAGGGCUACAGGCAGGUGUUGGUUUUUUCAAGGUUUGAGCUAAACUCUGCAGGACAUCAUCACUCCAGGACCACGUUGCCUAUCCCUGAUCUGGACAUAUUCUCUGUGUGGUGUGACAGAGUAUGUCCAGUAAGGUUAUCAUGCAGCUAUUGAAUAAUUGGAUAAUAUUUUGUACUGAUAUUUUAUUUUAUGUAGCCCCCCCCCCCCCCUCCCACACCUUUUUCCUCGAUGUGUAAGUAAGCCUAUGGGUGAGACUUCCGUUGAUAACAGAUUAAAAUAACAUGAUAGGACACAUUAAUUGUCAAUAUCAAGCAGCAAAACAAACUGUUUUGUACAGCUAAAAUAGCUAAACGCAAAUGAGACCAGAAGCUAGACCUAUAGAAUUUACAAAUGACGGCGCCCGUUUUAACGUUAGGAAAAAGGUGGAUACAUUUUAAGUAUGAAGGUAAAAGAAUAGCAAAACUCGAGAACUUGUUGAUUUGAAUGUGACAACUUGUCAUAUUAAUAUUUGUACAAACCCGUUUCCAAAAAUGUUGGGACACUGUACAAAUUGUGAGUAAAAAAGGAAUUGAAUCAUUUACAAAUCUCAUUAACAUUUAUUUUAUUCACAAUAGAAUAUAGAUAACAUAUCAAAAGUUGAAAGUGAGACAUUUUGAAAUGUCAUGCCAAAUAUUGUCAUUUUGCAUUUCAUGAGAGCUGCACAUUCCAAAAAAGUUGAGACAUGUAGCAAUAAGAGGCAGGAAAAGUUAAAAGUGCAUAUAAGGAACUGCUGGAGGACCAAUUUGCAAUUUUUAAGGUCAAUUGGCAACAUGAUUGGGUAUAAAAUGAGCCUCUCAGAGUGGCAGUGUCUCUCAGAAGUCAAGAUGGGCAGAGGAUCACCAACUCCCCCAAUGCUGCUUCGAAACAUAGUGGAGCAAUAUGAGAAAGGAUUUUCUCAGAUUAAAAAAUGAAAAUAAUUUGAAGUUAUCAUGAUCUACAGUGCAUAAUAUCAUCCAAAAAUGCAUAGAAUCUGGAACAAUUUCUGUGCAUAAGGGUCCAGGCCGGAAAACCAUACUGGAUGACGUCGAUCUUCGGGCCCUUAGACGGCACUACAUCACAUGCUUAGACGGAAUGCUACUCUAAUGGAAAUCACAACAUGGGCUCAGGAAUACUUUCAGAAAACAUUGUCGGUGAACACAAUCCACCGUGCCAUUUGCCAUUGCAGUCUAAAACUCUAUAAAAGAAAGCCAUUUCUAAACUUAAUCCAGAAGUGCAGGUGUUUUCUCUGUGCCAAGGCUCAUUUAAAAUGGACUGUGGUUAAGUGGAAAACUGUUCUGUGGUUAGACGAAUCAAAAUUUCUUUUUGGAAAACUGGGAUGCCAUGUCAUCCGGACUGAAGAGGACAAGUACAACCCAAGUUGUUAUCAGCGCUCAGUUCAGAAGCUAGCAUCUCUGAUGGGAUGGGGUUGCAUAUAUCCAAGUUCUAGAACAACAUGUGCUCCCAUCCAGACGUCGUCUUUUUCAGGGAAGACCUUGCAUUUUCCAACAUGACAAUGCCAGACCACAUACUGAAUCAAUUACAACAUCAUGGCUGCGUAGAAGAAGAAUCUGGGUACUGAAAUGCAGAUCUGGGCCUGCAGUCCAGAUCUUUCACCCAUAAAAAAACGUUUGACUUGAAACGUUGCUGCACACCAAGCAAAAAAAGACACCAAAGUAGGUUCGAGAGAGUGAAUCGAAAGCAUUAGGAGCUGUCUGCUCUGCUCUCUAUAGCUCAUGAAUGUCACACAACCUGGACAUUUUAGGCAAUAUUAAACUCCUGGCCGGGACGUGUCCCGUAUGAACGGCGCAUGUGGCCACUCUAUUGAGAAUAAACUGCUUACCUGUGCUCCCACUUUCCAGUGAUCACUCCGGUGUAUUCUCCAAGUUCCUGUUUUCAUUGUCAUCCAGUUGUCAUUGUGUGUAUAAGUGCUCCAUGUGUGGUUGUAGCUCCAUGUAGCUUUGCUUUUCUGUUGAAUUUCCUUCUUACUAUCUCUCUCUGUUGUCUAAAGUGAUCAAACAUAAACUUAAUUCCAACCAUG